UACAACCAUACAUUUAGCUGCAAUAUUUGAGUGUAUUUCGUAGCUUGUAGGUAGCUUUAUUUAGUUGCAUACAUCAUUUCGUUGCAGUUUAAGGAGAUGCCUAAAAACGUCUCUUCGUCUCGUGCUGCGCUCUGCCAGCUGUCUGCAAAGGAGUCGCUCUCGCGCGCAUCAGCGGCAAAGAUGAAGAAUGCGCAGGGCCAGCGAUUUGAGAGCAAUGCAGCCAGCAGUCCCUUUGUCCCGACGGUCACCGCUGUCGCCACGGCACCAAGUCUUAAGUGGAUGGUCCUGUCCACUGACAUUUCUUCAGUCAGCCCCAGCAGUGGUGUGAAGCAGAGGACAGCACAAACCCCUGAGAAAGAAGCCCAACCUUCUUCUCCCAAGUUGGGCCCCAGGGCCCCUACAGGCAGGCGAAAGGGACAGAAAGAUCAGCUCACCCCAGAGGAAGAGGAGAGGCGAAGGGUUCGCAGAGAGAGGAACAAACUUGCUGCAGCCAAGUGCCGGAGUCGACGUCGUGAGCUCACUGACAGUCUGCAGGCUGAGACUGACAGUCUAGAGGAGGAGAAGGCAGCUCUGCAGGCAGAGAUCAGCAGCCUGCUAAAGGAGAAGGAGCAGCUCGAGCUCCUCCUGACUGCCCACAAACCUCAGUGCAAAAUCCCAGUCGAGACUGAGCAGGAGGAGACAGCAAGGGAAGAGGAAGAGGUCUCCGAAGAGCCUCCCACACAACAGGCCCCCAUCCUGCUGGAAGAUCAGACCUCUGAGCAGGCACCUUCCACCCCAGCUAACUUGGACAAGACGCUUCUCCACCAGGAGGACACCUGCUCCCAGGAGCUGGAGCCCACUUGCCCCAUCAUCUCAGGAGACUCCAAUGUGCUGCUGUGCUCCAGUGCCGGGCAGGAACCCUACACCGACCUGAAAGAUGUGCGCAUGGUCGACCUCAGCUCCAAGAUGGACGGAGAUGACGAUAUGGACCUGCUGGUGCCUGAUAUUGACCUCAGUGCCUCCUUGGGCCUGACUGAGUGGGAGACUUUAUACAUGACAAUGGGUGGUAGUCUGGACCCCCUCAGAACACCAGUGCUAAGUCCGGACUGCAGCAGCAGUACUGUGCCUGUGUUCGACUUUCCUGGCAGGUGCGAGGAUAGCAAAGGGGGGGCCCGUGGAGCCAGUGGGAGCAGUGAUAACUCCAACCUGCUGGCUUUAUGAAGGCCAGAGCAGAGACUGGUGGGGUGUGCGUCCAGUAUAUGGGACGAUUCUACACUGAUCUGCUGCUGCAUGCCUGUCUUGAUGUGAUGCACUUUUGGAAAUGGAAUGGGGUCAUUGAAACACUAUUUUGUCCCUCUAAGAUGAACCAGAUUACCCUGAUAGCAAAGUGUCUGGAGAAGAAUCAAGAGAGUUUCUUCGACAGGGACAACAGGUUUGUUGAGGUCCAUUUGUAGGUCUGCAUAGAUGUUGUACACAUCAUAUGUGCUACACUCACAUACUGUGACAAAAUCAUUUCUUCCAGAUGGUGAUGUGUGGAAAAUAUUAAUAUUCAUCCUUUAGGUGGAAGUGUUUUUGAUGGGAUCAUUUAUGCACUUUGUAUCAUGUGGACUCAACCGUGUCAGGUCCUAUUUUGUUGUUGAUGUAAAUCUUGUGCUUUACCGUACAGUAUGUUGCCAGGGCCAAUACAUACUGGUUAUUGCAAUAUGAGGUUAUGAUCUUUGAUCUUUGACAACACAUUGCAUUAUACUGACCAAAUUUCCAAUACAGCACUAACCAGAUUUUAAAUGUAUUGGUCAUUAGUUAAAGAAUGAAGAGCACAAUAAUUCUUUGACGAUCUUGCUAAUUAAAGCCAAUGUGAAGUUCUUGUGUUCACAUUUAUUUUCAUAGUAUUAUGUACGUUGUGAUGAAUAUUGUUAUUGUCAAAAUCUGAUGAAUGUUGAGACCAUUAUAUCACUCACCCUAUUCAGCUGCAGUGUCUUAGUGUGUAUGUUGAAAUACUCUAUCUGGAAGUGCUGUUUUUAAAAUGGAGCGUGACUUUGGUUUCCUGUGAGAAUUGUGCCAUAUGUAAAGAUUACAAUUUUGUGUUUUAUAUUUUUAUUACCUUCAAUAUAUGCCAUGUUUACAAA